UCUCGGAAUCCUUUACCGGCUUCCACUCUGGUUUCACUCCUGGCAGAGACAUCCACCUCCAGCAGCGGACUUCAUUGUGAAGGGGAGCUGCUGUAUUUUUCAUCUCAGCAGUCGAGUCUAAUGGACAAACUCUUUGUAAAUGCUUUUUAAGAAUCAUCACUCUAGGAAGACGCACACUGGCUACUCAGCAGGCCCUGGCCUCGAGUCUUAUUUGAAGGGAUUUAACUUCACUGGUGAGCCGCCUUGGCUUCUCUGCACCUGAGUUGGAACAAACAUUAAUUCCAUCUCUUUCAUAUCCAAUUUAUUGGUGACCAAGAAAAAGGACUUCUUGUGACCAUGAACACUACUGCUCCCACUGAGUUUGAAUUCUCGUUCCUGGAGGAGGGUUUCUCUGCCAGGGAUAUUGUUGAGCAGAAGAUUAAUGAGUCAUCCAUGACGGAUGACAGAGACGCUUUCUACGUCUGUGACCUAGGAGAUGUGCUGAAGAAACAACUGCGCUGGGUGAGAGCCCUGCCUCGCGUCACCCCUUUCUAUGCCGUCAAAUGCAACGACAGCCGGGCUGUUGUCAUGACGCUGGCAUCCCUGGGAACUGGCUUUGACUGUGCAAGCAAGACGGAGAUCCAGCUGGUUCAGUCUCUGGGAGUGGAUCCAAGUAGAAUCAUUUAUGCCAAUCCCUGCAAGCAAGUUUCUCAGAUCAAGUAUGCGUCUGCCCACGGCGUUCAGAUGAUGACCUUUGAUAGCGAGGUGGAACUGAUGAAAGUAGCACGUUGUCAUGACAAUGCCAAGUUGGUCCUGCGUAUUGCCACAGAUGACUCAAAGGCAGUUUGUCGACUGAGUGUGAAGUUUGGGGCCCCACUCAAAGCUUGUCGAGGGCUUCUGGAGCGGGCUAAAGAGCUGGGUUUGGAUGUGAUUGGAGUCAGCUUCCAUGUUGGCAGUGGCUGCACUGAUCCUGAGACCUACACCCAGGCUAUCACUGACGCCCGCUGCGUUUUUGACAUGGGGGAUGAGCUGGGCUUCAACAUGGAUCUGCUUGACAUCGGAGGGGGUUUCCCUGGUUCAGACGACACUGAACUUAAAUUUGAGGAGAUCACAGCAGUGAUCAAUCCUGCCCUGGACAAGUAUUUCCCUGCUGACACUGGUAUCAAGAUCAUUGCUGAGCCUGGGCGCUUUUAUGUAGCCUCAGCUUACACACUGGUUGUUAACAUCAUUGCCAAGAAGGUCAUCAUGGACGAGGAGUCAGCAUCUGAUGAGGAGGACGAAGGGACCAAUGACAGGACCCUGAUGUACUACGUCAACGAUGGAGUGUAUGGAUCCUUCAACUGUAUUCUUUAUGACCAUGCUCACUGCUUGCCAACACUACAUAAGAAGCCAAAGCCGGAUGAGGCCAUGUACCCUUGCAGUAUCUGGGGCCCAACAUGCGAUGGCCUGGAUCGCAUUGUUGAGCAGUGCAGCCUGCCUGACCUGCAGGUGGGUGACUGGCUGGUCUUUGAAAACAUGGGGGCUUACACUGUGGCUGCUUCCUCCACCUUCAACGGCUUCCAACGACCAGACAUUCACUACGUCAUGUCCCGCACUGCCUGGCAACAAGUGCAGCAGAUCUGUUCCCAGGGCAUGCCAGCUCCAGCAGAGGACUCUAGCGUGUUUGAAGUUCCAGCCUGCUGUGGCAGAGAGAGCAGCUUGGAGAUGCCCACUAAGCCCUACCAGGCCCAUGUGGUUUGAAUGAAAACUGUUCAUCCAAUCAG